CCAACACAGGCCAACAAGGCCAUACGGAGCCAUGCCAUAAAGACAGCCCUGCAGUUGCGUUCGAAAAGAGUAACUAGAGAGGAUUUGCCAGAUAGCUCAGCAGCAUCAGCACAGACAGCACAACGAGAAAAGGAACUGAAAGGCCAGUUCAGAAUCAAGACGGCCUCUAUGAAGAACCCCGGUCGCAAACCAGGAGCAACGCACCAAGCGGUGAUACGGCACGAUAAUGGAAGCAUGUCUGUCUCCGUGAAUAUGAACCAAAACUGUUUUAGCAGCAACUACUCAAGUCGAGUCCAAAGGUUCUCAGUUAACAUUCUCGACCCUUUUGGAACAAUCCCAAUACCGUCGAAUCCGCAAAUUGACACGCUUCUCAAGCAUUUCAUGGUGCUUUUCGACUACUUGACUACAACAGUUCCCAGCAACAACACGUGGCUGGGUCUUGCGAUAAAUGACCCGCUUCUCAUGCGUGUGACUCUCUGUACGACGGCAGCUUUCGGAGCUACGGUCACACCGUUAUUCAGUCCUGAACUGCGAAAGGAAGGAUUGAAACUAAAGUGCGACGCCAUCAAGGAACUAAAUUUUAUCCUCCAAAAUGGCCAAGUCCCAGAGAAUGUACUUGCUGCCAUUGCACAUCUAGGACAUAGUGAAAAUUUAGAGGGCUCCUCCCAAGAAGCAGAUAUCCACAUGAGGGGACUUCGAGCGCUACUUGAUAUCAGAGGAGGGAUCAAGUCUAUUAAUACUUAUCAAGUGGGACGAUUCAUAAACUGGGUGGACUUGGAAUUAGCUACGACUCGAGGGCGAAGACCUCUUUAUCCCCUGCACUACGGCUUGGAUAGAGUCAAGCUUCCACACGAUAUCGUAGCGGCCUGCGAAUUUCCAACUCUUUCUCGUUUACAAAGUCUUGGGCCAGCACACAAAACCGUUAUGACCGUUAUUCAACUGGUUCGACAAAGAGUAAUGGCGGUAGAAUGUGGCAUGGAUCCCACACAGCGAGAUGUUCGCGCGCUGUCAUUUUCCGCAGCCUUUCUCGCUCUCGAACAAGUUGAUGAUAUUCCAAUUACUCUGGAAGGACAACGUGUCCAUACCAUCCUGUUAGCUGUGCAUCUCUUUUUGUGUGCGGCCAUGAAACAAGACUUUCGAUGGAGCGGAUCCCUCCCAUGGAUGAUGGCACAACGCCUACGGGAGUCACUCGAGACCGAGCCAGUGUAUUCUGAAGUUUGGGUGCCACAUCUUCCUGAGUUGCUCUGGGUGCUCUUUGUUGGCGCCGUGGUAACUGAGAAACAUCCACAAGGCUACGGGACAUGGUUCGCUAGGCAAUUACAGGUUGUUUGCCAGCUCCUUCGAUGUAGCACGAGACUGGAUUUCGAGGAUCAUCUGCACUCUCUGGUAUGGGAUAAUAGGUUUGGGAUUGAGUUUUUAAAUAAUUGGUUCGCGCCUACUCUCGGUGGCUAUUAUCGUCUGUCAUAA